UUUUAGUAUAAAAUCUCUUUCUUCUCUCUCUCCUCUAAAACUUUCUAGUAUUUGCCUCAAAACUCCUCCAGUUUUCAUCCCCUUUCUGGGUACUUGGAAGCCUCCAGGCUUCUCGAGCUUUUGAUGCUUGAGUAGUUGGAGGGUUUCUCAAGUAUGGUGGAGCCGAUCAACCAUGCUCUUAUGUCUGGUAACCACCUUAGAUGGUCUCCUGAUUCUUUUGUGGCCUUUUUGGUGGCCUUUGUUCUCUUUUCUUUCUGUUUCUUGUUUCUUGUUUUGGUUUGUUUAGAUCUGGUGACCAACAAGUCAUGUAGAAUUUUGGGGAUGGUCGUCACUUACUCUAAUGUUCCAUCCAUGACAUCUUGAAGAACAAGUGUAAUUUAUGCAACAGUAGGUUGAAGGGUGUCCAAUUUUCUGAAAUAAUCAACCAAAGGAAUUUGU